CCGAAAAUCUGUUAGAAAUUAGAGCCAAUUUGAACCCUCGAUUUCCUAAUUCUUUUCACUUUGUAUGUCUCAUUUGUUUGUUUCUUCUUCUCGUUUCCAGACAACAAGCAGGAAUUCAAGAAGCCAGAGUUCAUUAAAGGUAUCCAGGAUGUUGAGAUCAAGGAAGGUCAAACUGUGAAGUUCAGGUGCAAGGUCAAAGGUUACCCGCAGCCAAGAGUGGUUUGGUACAAAGAUGGCAGACUGCUGAAGCACAGCAAAUCUUGUAGAAUAGAGAAGUUUGGCAACCGCGACUACCUCUUGACAAUUGACCAUGCUACCCUGGAUGACGAUGCUGAGUAUACGGUAAUGGCGCGGAACGUUGCCGGGGAGACCAAGUCGUCGGCUCAAGUUAUCAUCGACUCGGACACUUUCGAUGAAUCGAUGCCGGUGAAGGUGGAGGAUGUCUCCUCGCACGUACAGACCCGCGGACAGACGGACAGAUCUAACUCCAGCAGCGAGACGCCUCGUGCAGCAAGUCUGAGCAAUAAGAUCAUCACAAGUAGAAACAAUAUCACCGAGGUUGCAGAAAAUAUCCUCGGAACAGCAAAAGAGAUGUCACACCUAAAUGAAAACCUGGAUGCGAUGGAGCGUGACCUGGAUGCAGUUGAGUCUGAUUUGUCGAGGUCGUCGGCUGAUGAGACAAAUAACAAUAUAAACUUGGGCGACACGACCCCGCUCGAAGCAAUUGAUGAUUAUAGGGCCAGGGAGAAAGCAGCAGGCGGUGUCCGUCUGCUCACGUCGUCUGCUCUCGACAUGCUGUGGACGGCGAAUGAGAUCAUCAGACAUGAGCGAGAGGAAUCAGACGGCUUCGUCACCAGCACCCCGAGAGAGUCGGUGUCAUCAGCGGACCGACGCGACUUCCACAACAACAGUAACAACAACUACAGCAACACCAACUAUAGCAGUGUGAGUAGGGAGAAGGACUCUGGUAACGUUUCAUUCCAGUCGAGAAACGAAAACAUUCUGAAGUCAUCAGACCAUGUUGGUGGUCAUGAAAAUCCAUCGGAUGUGGAUGAUCGAACAUGGAUAAAUGAUGCACGUGGUUCCAAUAUGGAUGAUCGACUAAGGAUAAAUGAUGCACGUGGUUCCGGUUGUGGUUCUGGCACGGAUGAUCGAAUGCGGAUAAACAAUACAUCUGCUUCUGUUUUGUGGGAUAAUUUCGAUAAUCGCAGGGACGAUUCUGUGUUUAAACAUGACCCUUCCAAAACUCCCUCUGCCCUGUCUGAACUGAGCCUUGAUCUGUCAGGGAAAGGCAACAACUCACUGGAGACGACAGAUGACAGGGUGGAUGGGAACAACACAAACUGUUCGGUUGACGAGGGCAUUGUGUGUAACUUUGGACCUAAAGCGAUCGACUCGGACAAAUACCGACGGGAUUUCGAGAGCAAGGAAAUGAAACGCGCCAAGUGGGAGGUGAAACUGGAUCACUUCUCUCCACGAGCCGAGAUCGUCAAUCGGGACAAAACUCUACAUGACACGCAAGAACAGAUCUACAUGUCGGCAGGGAACGUGUUCUCGCUGGAGGACCGUGUACGAGAUCUGGAGAGUAAAGUCAAGGGAGAUAACCAGCUGAGUAAUCAGCAGAUGUCGGAUCUUCAGAAGGAGGUAGCAAAAGCAGUGGUGCAUGUUGAACACAGUGAGAACGAGGUGAACUCCAUUGAGAGGGCUGUGAUAGGCCUGCAAGAAUCCACGUCACCGUCGCCUUCCCAGAAUUCCCCUCGCGCGGACACCUCGAGCCAGCUGUCGUCACGGCGACAGUCGUUUGACUCGGGGAUCUCGUCGCUGCGCGAAAAGGUGGAGCCAGUGCGACUGGUGGGCCACACAGGGGAGGAUGAGGUCCCGGAGAGCCGGGGGGAGUACGACGCGGACUCGGGGAUCGAACUCCCAUCCGUGAACCGGCUGCGAGCCAUGUUCUCCACCCGGAGGGAGGACGAUCUCGGAGACGGCAACUUCAAGAGGAGAGAUAGUGACGAAGGGAUCCAUAGCAUCACAGCGCGCAGUGUUUCUAAGGAACAGUUGGAGAAGCUCCGUGGUUCCAAGCUUCACGCUGCAUCCAAGUCACCACUCUGUAUACAAGACAGUGUAGCAACAUCGGCAUCAUCACCAACGUUAAAAUCAUCGUCAACGCUACAGUUCAGCUUCAGUGAAACUACGAAACAGUCGACGCCGCAAUCCGUAUCCUCCAAAGUGAACCUCCGACCCCUGUCGCGCGAAGCGUCAAGAGAGAAAGACACGCCCCCAUUCUCUCGGUCAGACAGUUUGUCCGACUCUUCGACUUUCAAAGACUUGGAGCCGGUGAAAGACCCGGUUUUGAUUUAUCCUCAAACCGACGACGCGAGAUCUUCGGUUUCUGAUAGCCCUGCGCCCCGCGUGACGAUGACAGUCUCACAACACACGAUGUCACCGUUGAGCUCCAAGUCAAAAAAGUCUGAUCGGAACUUUAAUUUAAACCUUUCCAGUGCUUCGUCAACGCCCAACCUGAGUCCCAACCUAACCCCUACCUCCGGCCUGGCGAAAACUGUGAAGAGUCGAAUUGAUGCCGAUUCUUCGUGCGAGAAAACCAAAUCCCCUAAAAUCAGGAGUGGAAGCAUUGUAGCCCGAACGCAAUUCUGGGAAAAGCGUAUUACGGAAGGAAGCGUCAAUGACAGUGAGAUUGAAGGCGAAUUUCCUGAUAUUACAUCUGAUGAUGAGCAACUGUGAAGUCACGUGGGCACUGUGGUGGAAGCAUUAUCGCCCGAACGCAAUUCUGGGAAAAGCGUAUUAUGGAAGAGAGUGUCAAUGACUGAGAUUAAAGGCAAAUUUCCCGAUAUUAUUAUGUCUGAUGAUGACAAAUUGUGACAUCAUGUGGGCGUCGUCUUGGAUGUGGAAGCAUUAUCACCCGAACACAAUUCUGGAAAAAGCGUAUUACGGAAGAGAGUGUUAAUGACUGAGAUCGAUGGCGAAUUUCCCUUUAUUACGUCUGAUGUUGACAAAUUGUAACAUCAUGUGGGCAUCGUCUUGGAUGUGUUCUCUACCAAUGAUAUUUCAUUAUUAAGUAGGGUUUAAACUGUUGAUCAUUAAUUCGUCAAAUACACAUACAAAUAAAUGCUAAAUUUUGGUGAAUAUAUUUUAUUAAUUAAUUUCACCAAAAAGCUAAUUCGAUAAACUGCAUGUCCAUUGUAGAUCUACCACCAUUGUUCACUGUUAAUUGAUUUAAACAUUAAUUCCAUCUUCAGUUGGCUUGUUUGGUUACGCAACUGUAAAUUCACAUGGACUGCCAAUCCGAUUAAAUGUGAUGAACCUUUUCAUUCUAAAAUUAAAGGUCACAAACUUAAGGAGCAUCUCUCCAAACCGGACCUUCUGUAAAACGGAUUUCCAUCAAAACCAGAUGUUUUUCACAGUCCCUAUUUAAUAAUCUGUACAGAACUUCACCUUUCUAAACCAGAUACCUCUUAUAACCAGACAUUGUACCUGGUCCUGAGGGUGUUUGGUAUAGAGGGGUAUCACAGUAAUUGGUAUCCUACGAGUAGGUACAAAUAACAUGAACCAAGUUCUAGUUAUGUUAAAUUUUGAAAUAUUUGCUCCUCAAAUUCACCAAACUGCUAAUAAUGUUUUGUGUUGGGCUUAAUUAAAACUUGAUUAAGGA